AUGAUGGUCUCUUUCGGUGUCGCAUUCUACCUAGUAUCUCUACUGUUUACUCCAGCGCGGGCUCUGCUAGAGGUCUUCGAGGUAUACCAGCCCGUCCCCACAGGCCAUGGCAGCGUUGGGUGCAAUGAGGAGAUCCUCCUGAUGGACCAUGUCUUCGGCUAUAGCUAUGGGGAACCAUACGUUGGGAUCUACGAGCCACCAAACUGUACCUUUGACACCGUUCGCAUCAACUUCACUGUCACCUCCAAGGGCAGACAGUAUGAUCGUCUGGCGCUCAUGUACUUAGGGGACACAGAGGUGUUCCGAACAUCAACUGCUGAACCAACGACCGACGGAAUCAUCUGGACCUAUAUCAAAGAUAUGUCUCAGUUCAACGUACUGUGGAAAGAAAAACAGAGAUUGAUCUUCGAUCUUGGCAACAUCAUUACUGAUAUCUACACCGGCUCUUUCAACACCACCCUGACAGCCUACUUCUCAUAUGAGGGCAACGUCAGGACCCCAGAUGUCAUUCUCCCAAUAUCUGCUCGCAAAUCCGCCCAGAACGCCUCGAGCGACUUUGAGCUUCCAUCCGACAAUGCCACAGUGCAAUAUCAGAUCCCCCAGACAGCAUCCCGUGCAGUCGUGUCCAUUUCCGCAUGUGGCCAGUCAGAGGAAGAAUUCUGGUGGUCCAACGUCCUCUCCGCCGAUGAGUACACCUUCGACAAUACCAUCGGCGAGCUGUACGGGUACUCUCCAUUCCGUGAAGUCCAGCUCUAUAUCGACGGCGUCCUUGCGGGUGUGGACUGGCCAUUCCCUAUCAUCUUCACCGGCGGUGUCGCGCCAGGAUUCUGGCGUCCAAUCGUAGGAAUUGACGCUUUCGACCUACGCCAACCCGAGAUCGAUAUCACGCCCUUCCUCCCCUUGCUCAAGGACAACAAGUCCCAUUCGUUCGAGAUCAGAGUUACGGGUCUGAGCGUUGCCGACGACGGAACAGUAACAUUCGCCAACACCGUCAACUCCUACUGGAGUUCAAACGGGACCAACGAAACACUCUCAUACUCAGUUACAGCCGAAAGAACAUUCACCGUAAAGUCCUCCGAAUACUCAUGGAGCCAAAACCUCUCCUACUCAAACUACGGAUACCUCAACCAGCAAGGACUAAGCCAGAAAAACAACCAACAGACCUCCGGCACUAACACCAUCACUCAACUCACUGGGGACAACAAAUCUACAAAUGAGGUCACAUUCCAGUACCCUCUAAUCUGUAACACGACGUACGGACUGCAAGAUGGCCUUUCCAUCAGUGCCUGGAUCCGCAGAGGCCUGGAUAUCAGUUCGACCGGUGGUGAUGGUGAGCUCGGCGUCUCCACGUAUACGUUUACCUCGGGGCCGUUGGAUCUGCAUACGGAACAAUAUGGAACGGCGUAUUAUUUCGAACCCGAGGAUGAUGAGAGUUCGGUCUCGUAUGGUGAGACGGUUGAUGUUUGGGGAAGUAAUGCUGGGGGUGUGGAGUAUUCGAGGAAUGUUCGUGCGGUGAAUGGGACGGUUGUUUCGGAUAGUGAGAGCUAGAUUAUCAUUAUUUAGUUCAAAUGUGUAUGACAGGUGGGUAUGAUUAGGAUAGAUGAGGUUGAGG